GGCCGCUCUUGGCGACGCGGACUGGGAGACGACACUUCCUGCCGGGCUUGCGGGUAGCGCGCCGCUUCGCAGGGGCUUCUGCGGAGGCUGUGGGCUCAGGCGGCCAUGGAGCACUCGGCGCCCAACGAAGUGACAGGCACAGACCCGGCGGGACCCGAUCCUCAACUGGCAGUCACCAUGGGCUUCACAGGUUUCGGAAAGAAAGCUCGUACAUUUGACUUGGAGGCCAUGUUUGAGCAAACUCGGAGGACAGCUGUGGAAAGGAGCCGGAAAACACUUGCGGAACCAGUAUUUGGAAGGCUGGGCCAGAGGUGGCUGUCACCAUUGCUUGUUGACCCAGACAGUAUAGAACAUUGUGACAUACACUGAAUGUGGCUGCUGCUGUUGAAUCCCUGCUUUAAUGAGCUGUAGGAGACACAUAAUGAAGCCUUAUUUCCAGACUGGCUUGAUGCCAGAUGGUUGGCAGUUGUAGGUGCUACCUCAGGGUCUUCAGAGGACACGGGUACUGUGCUUUCCUGGGAUCUAACUUAGAUGUCCCUUAUAUUAGAGGAAGGUCUGGAGUCUGAGAAAAGCUGGAUUUAAACCAGUGCUGUGAUAGUACUUGUAAUGUUAAUUUAUUUUGUCUUUUUUAUUUUCUUGUUUUUUGUAGUUUUGAGACAGGAUCAUACAAUGUAAUCAUGGCUGACUUGGAACUCUCUACUUAGAACAGUCUGGCCUUGAUUUCUGGCAGUGUAUCUCCCUCAGGCUCCUCCUAAAUGCUGAGAUUUAGGAAUGAGCCACUCAUGAGCGUCUUGACAUGAGUUUUGAGACACUCAAUGAGUGUCUUGAGCAUACUGAAAUUUCAUUUUAAUGACAAAGAAGAGAUAUGGUAUCUUACCAUGUUACCCUGGGUGGGCUUGAACUCAUGGACCAAGUUAUCCUGUCUCAGUCUCCCGAGUAGCAGGUGUUACAGGAGUGCACCACUGUGCCCAAUAGUUGGUUUUGGUUUUGAAAUGAUGAAUUAUGGAGCUGGAGGGUGGCUCAGAGAUUAAGGGCUCUAGUUGUUCUUCCAGAGGACCUGGGUAGAAUUCCCAGCGCUUACAUGAUGGCUCACAGCUCUGAAUUCUAGUGUCUGUGGAUGUGAUGUUCUCUUCUGGCUUCUGUGGACAUACAGUGGAGGUACUAGAAAUGCACAUAGUGCAGGCAAAACACUCAUACAUAUAAAAAUAAAAUGCUCAAAAUGUAAAAAUUAUUUAGCAGAGUAUUUAAUAUUUGGUUGGUGAACUUGAAGCUAAUGCCUUUGGAAGUAAGCCUUUUUGGUCUGAUAAAAGGCAGCUAUGAAAAAAAAAGGCAGCUAUGUAUAUAUACAUUUUUAGAGACCAACUCUCACACUGUAGUCUUGGCUGUCUUAGAACUCAUUAUGUAGACCAGGCUGGCCUCAAACUUAAAGAGAUCCUCAGCCUUUGUUUCCUGAAUGCUGGGAUGAAAGGUGUGUGUCACCAUGUCCAUUUUUUCCCCCCAGCAUUUAAAAAAAUAAUUAUUACAGUUUAUUCACUUUGUAUUCCAGUAUAGCCCCUUCCUCCUCCCCUCCCAAUCCUGCUCUCCCUCCCUCUUCUGCGCUGCCCCUCCACCAGGCCACUGGUAGGGGAGGUCCUCCUCCCCAUCCACUUUUUUUUAUUACAUAUUUUUUUAAUGAUUUAUUUAUUUAUACUUAUACAGCAUUCUGUCUGCAUGUGUGCCUGCACACCAGAAGAGGGCACCGGAUCUUACAAUAAAUGGUUAUGAACCACCAUGUGCUUGCUGGGAAUUGAACUCAGGACCUUUGGACCAGUGGUCUUAACCUCUGAGCCAUCUCUCCAGCUCCUUGUCUUUUGAGAUAGGGUUUCUCUGUGUAGCCUUGGCUGUUUUUGUGGACUGGGCUAGCCUCGAACUCACAGAGAUUUGCCUGCCUCUGCCUCCACAAGUGCUGGGAUUACAGGUGAGCGCCACCUUGCCCGGCCUUUUUGUUUUUUGUGUUUUUUUUUUUUUUUUUUUUUUCUUUAAGAGAAGGUCUCACUGUGUAGUCUGAACCUUGGUAUGUAGGCUAAACUGGCUUUUAACUCAGACAUCCACCUCCAUGUACCUUCCAAGUAGAAAAAAGGUAUGUGACAUGCCUGGCCGCUACUACUGCUACUACUUUAAACUUCAUGAUGAAAAAUUUCAGAACCACAGCUGUUACCAUUUAAACUGCUAGAAUCCUUAUGGCUAGUGUUACUUCUGUUUGCUUUUCCUCUCUGAUUAUUCUGAAGCAAAUCUUAGCCAUGUUGUAUCAUCAAUAAAUAUCUUCCCCUUCCUGUUGCCUGUUCCCCUGCAGUUUAUUGCACCCAGUUCCUUGCAAACGGUUAGGCAGCUCUCUACCCGUGAAAGUACCCUGUUCAUUUUUUUUUUUUAAGACCACCAGGCCUUGAACUGUCAAUCAUCUUACUUUACUUUGAGAUCAUGGGGAUGUACCACCAAGUUCAACAGUACAUACACGUAUCUGUCCACAUGUAAAGCUAGACAUGGUGGCAUCUGUAAUCCUGGUGCUCUUACUGGAAGAUGGGAGAUGAAGACAGGAGCAUCCCUGGGAUGCAUGGGCCAGCUCGUCUGAAGUACUCAGUGCCACAUGGUAGAGGGCAAGGACUGACACUUGAAGUCGACUUCUGACCUUCAUGUGCAUGGGGCCGGCUGGGAAAAAACAACACAGUAUCUUCUAAAAAGAUGAACUGCACUGUUUUUUUCUACUCAGUACUUGUAAAACCAGUAUGUUUUUAUGUGUGAGAGUUGCUCACCAUAAAGCAAAUAGGUAAUCUCUAGGCACCAACUGAGGGUCCAGUUCAGUUUUGCUGUCGUCUGCCUAGAGAUAUAUCACAGGGUUUCUUCAACUUCAGAUCCCAGUCACAGGGCUAGAGUGUGAGCUUGUCUCUUAUCCCACGUGAACAGCCGAGUGAAGGCACUCGGUGGGUUAGCUGGGUUCUUCUCUGAACCCACUCCUGUUGAGCCAGUCUAGAGUCAUCAAAUCCAGUACUUCCCGGAAGCUUUCAUAGGAUGAGGCCAUCCCACUGCACUUACUUUUCCAGUGGUGGGGCUAGUUAGGGACCCUCCCUGACUUCAGGGAUGCUGGUGUGGCCAGAGUGGGCCUGGUGAAUAACCAAAGACAGUUCCUAUUGCUCAGGAAAUCGGAAGGAUUUAGGAGCAUUAGGACAAAGUACAUGUUAGGUUGUACUCCAGUACAUCUGAAACGGUCAGUUUUAAUGAUGAAAAAAUAACCCAAAAACAUGUUAUCUGGGGUUUUUAUUUCAAACACAUAGGUGUUACUGAAUUAUUUGUACUAUCAGUUCAAGACAUAUUUAGGUGUCUCAUACAAAAUGCUUUGAACAGCACUUGUUUUAUUUCAUUUAUGUAGUUCCUGGCAGCAUGUCAAUACACAUUUGAGGCGAUUAAAUUGAAUUUAGAACUAUAACAAUAACAUUUAUUUAUGCAUUUAUUUAUAUACCUAUUUAUUUUUGAGGCACAGUUUCAUGUAUCCCAGGCUGGCCUAGAAACUAUAUAUAGCCUUGACCCUAUUAUCUCUACCUUUCAUGUGCUGGGAUUACAGAGGUAUAAUACUAAUGCCCAGUUUAAUGUGCCCAAUAUGCUUUGUGAAGGCUGGGUCUGUAUCACCAGCCCAAAUACUACUUUAAAAAUAAGUAAAAUCCUUCUUAUUUGGAGGUGGUUUUAAAUCGCCCAACCUCUUAGAGCUUGGCAUUCUAGGUUGGAGAAUCUAGGUUGUAAAAGUAGUUCCAUAUUCUACUAUAUGAUGAAAACUGGAUAGGAUUUCAAAAAUUUUUAUCUCCAUCUGGUGGUGUGCUAUCAUCUGCCUCAGCAAGUUCUUGGACAGGGUAAAACAUUGGACAUAGUACCUUGUAAAGUACUAUUUACGUGUUCUUUUUAACUUUUGUAGUUUUUUUCUAAAGCAUAUAUACAUGCAUACCACUUAAGAGGGGGUUUAGAAGAAUUAUUAGGUUUGUACAUUAAAUAAGUUUGUAUCUUGGUAUGGUGGCAUACGUCUUUAAUCCCAGCACUUGGGAGGCAUUUCUUGAGUUUGAGACCAGCUUGGUUUACAGAGUAAGUUCCAGGACAGAGAAACCCUGUCUCAAAAAAAAAAAAAAAAAAAAAAAAAAAAAAAAAAAAAAAGGGUUGUGGAACUUUUUUGGCCUAGUGCCAUAUUCUCUGUUCAAUUUUAACAAUGGCUUCUACUAAUCUGAACAUGUGACUCUCUAUUGAACAUUUAGUUGGAAAAGAAAAGCCAAAAUUAUUCUUAACUUUAAUAUGCUGUUUGGGAUAAUUUGUGUACAUAUAGAAGCAAUCACAUACUGUGGGAAAUUAUUCAUUGUAAGAGUUUUAAGAGAUUAUUUUUGUGUUCUAGCCUUGGCCAUUAAAUUAUAUUCAGAUUAUAAUAUUAAAGUUCAUAUGCAAUUUCA